AUGACGCAGGGCAACAUGGAACAGACACGAGCGGGCGAAAUGCGGAGGAAGAGAUUCAAUGGGAGUGAGGAGAGGUCGCGUGCAGCGCGAGAGCUUGGGAUUGCCGGGGACGACAGGAACAAGGCCGGGCCAGGGCUCCUCAGUGGAGAGUUCCUGAUGCUCUGGGCGGACGGCAAUGGUACGCAGCACGAUAAGUACCUCGACCCGGCUUACAUAGCCGACCGUAGAGGUGCGCUUCAAGCGAGUUUCCCGCCGGUUCUGGCCGUAACAACGCGUGGGUACACAUAUCUACAGCUCUCUUACAGUACCACAAUAGAGACACAGGCCGAAUGGAUGCCAUGUAGUAUCUCCAGAAUAAACAUUGGGUAUGGUGCAGAUAAUGAGCAGUUUUGCUCUGUCAAUCAAGGAGAAAGUCAAGAUAAACCAGCUCCAGAAAAACGGAAAAAGGACCGAGCCCCAGCACACAUACUUACCACUACCAACUUGGAAUUGAAUGCCGGGCAAUCAAGAGUCACGAUUAUAUGUCGGGCAUGUGACGGAGUGACGGACGGCGGAAAGGAACGGAUCGUGGCAGUUGGUGUGUACUUCCGUCACUAUCAAUUUCCUUCUCCAACUCUACAGCACGCGACGACGGUCAACCGCGGCGGAGGAGGGGCUCUUGUUCAGCGUCUGCCCUUCCUCGUAGCCGAGAGAGCUGUGCCCCAGCUCUACUGCGUAGCCGUCACCUUCCCAAUCACAUCCCGGUCGCGUCCUUCCCCCUUCUCGCAAAAUGGCCCUAGGCGCCACAAUUCUUCAAGCCCCCCCGAGUCCUCGCCCAGCCUUCACCAGCCUCCCACGCCUUCCAGAGCCACCUCACGCGUCGAACGCGCCAAAGACAAGACUCGACGCAUCGCCAAUUGGUCGGCCUCUUUGACCAAACAGCGCCCGAUUCUCCUGCAGCUGACGCCCAAAAUCCCCCAAUCUUUGGCAUUUGCACCAGAAGCCGCCCUUUCGGAUCGUCCCACUAGCUUGCCGCGCCGUGCUGCUUUCAUCCGGUGCAUGCAGAGUCGACUCGUCGCAUUGCAAUCGAGCCCAAACCGGCAGUUCUUUGCCUUGUCGCGCGUCUUUUCCGUUCCCCAUACCUCUGAGAGGAAUACAUACACACGGGGACUAUUUGUCUAG